AUGCUGUCCUGCUGCGUAGCUCCUGACAUCGCCUCCGAAGAGAUCCCCAUGGAUGACUUCGAACGUAUCCGUCGAGAGGAGGAGCUGGCAAUCCAAGAAGAGGUGCGCUCCUUGGGUAACGUCCAAUCCCUGGGAGAUGAAACCUUCGACAUGGAUGCCAUCCUGAAGAAGGAUCCUGCUUUUGCGCACACAUCUCUGGAAGAGAUGGAAGCCAAGUUGGCGGCAGCUCUUGCCGAGUCGGACGCACUCGAUGCACAGAUUGAGGCCAUGGGAGGCCUGGGACCAGACACGGGAGGUAUGGGGACUAUGGAGCCCUUCCCGAACCAGCAGCCAAUCCCCGCUGUACCAAUGGUGCCGGAUGAUGCACCGGUUGUGAAGGCCGUUCUAGUUGCACCGACAUACCAAAGCUGUAAGCGCCAUGUGCCCAUGAUGGGUCGGCUUGAUGUUCUCCUUGGGUCCGUUGGGGCCUUAGAAGACAUCCAGGCUGCCUUGCAGCAUGCCAAGGUCAGGACGCCAGAGCUGAGGAUCUUGACUGAUGCCAAGAAGCCGGGCGGCUGGGCUGUGAAGCAUGAGGCGCCCACCCGGAAGAACAUCCUGAACUCCAUGAGUUGGCUGGUGCAAGAUGCCAAGCCUGGAGACAAUCUGCUCUUCUUCUUUGCCGGCCAUGGUGGACAGAGCCGAGACACGGACGGUGACGAAGAGGACGGCAAAGACGAGCACAUGUGCCCCGUGCCCCAAGGGCAGCAUCCCAAUUUCGAGGCUGCGCUCGAGGGCUCCUUGCCGAAAGAGGAGGCGGACGAUAUCCUUGGCAGAGGCAUCAGCGACGACGAGAUCUUUGAGAAGAUGUUGGAGAAUCUGCCUGAGGGGGUGCGCCUCACGACCAUCUUCGAUGCUUGUCACAGCGGAACCAUGACGGAUCUGAAGCACUCCUACAGUGUUAAGGUGGAGGAUGAUGAGAUGGCACGUGCACGACGACAGGAGCCACCGCCCCCGGGCUUCAGCUUCGACAAGCGCCCUUUGAUUCGCAAUGAAAUGAAAGGCAGGGAGUGUGCAGCCAGCGUCUUGUGCUUAGCAGGUUGCAAGGACCGAGAAACUCAACAGACGUGGUGUGAUCAAAGUGGUCCAGGAAUGCGAGGAGCUUUCUUUCUCACGAACAUGCUGGCCAAGGCCAUUGCUGGCAUGCGCACUCCAAACCCGACGUAUGGCGAUGUCUUGCGUGAGCUCACGCGGGAUUUCUACCGUGGGAAUCGACUAUUCAUGAGCAUUCCCAGCUUCUCCACUGCUUCAGCAGUUGACCUCGAUGCGAAGCCCUUCAGUUUGGUGGGAGCCCUCUAA